AUGGAGAACUCCCGCGUAUCGCCAGCGUCGGCGCCACCAGGCGUUCCACUGGCGACUACUGCGGCGCCUCCGUCCAGCAUACGUGGCCGCCGCCUCAGUCAGCCGAGCUCCAGCUCGUCUGCCAACGCGACCACGUCGGAGCACCAAAACACAUCGCCGUCGCCGCGAGAGAUACUCGGCGCCGACUUCUCCCUCACCAGCAACCGCGCUGGUGGAGACAAUUCAGCCUUCAACUCGUGGGACGCCCCCGCUGAUAACUCAAAUCUGACCUUCUCCCAGGUGUCGCCGUCUGCGGGGCUGCAGCAGGUACUGGGAGGGUCAGCGAAAGCGCCGGCCUCGCCUGAUAUGGACAGCGACGCCGUGCAGGACGACACGUCACUGCUGUGGACCAAAAUGCAGCCGCACCGACGUGGCGAGCCCGCCGUGAAGUUUGCCGCCUUCGGCCACGGUAGUCAAACGAUGGAGUCGCAGCACAAUGAAAGCAACAAGCAACACUCCGCCUCGUGGCACCCGCAGGGCUUGUUCGGUGCCGCGUUAGAACGUUUUCAGUCGCGCGAGGCCGCACCGGAUCUUAACGCCGCGACCUCGUCAAUGGAUGGGACAAUGCUCGGGAUCGAAGUGCCCGAUGACUUGUCGGCCGAUAAGUCUCUCAGCACCCGCCGCCUCAUCUCCGGGCCGUCGGUGCACGCCAUUCAGUUCGACACGGACUUCGGCGGUAUCGUGACACCUUUCAUGUCCAUCUCCUCUCUCGGAAUUUCGCGACAAAGCAUGUCCUGUCCCCUUCUGUCGGUGGCUCAGUUAUCGGCCGGGUCGAUGCCGGUGUCCACCAACUCCUACGAGCGCGACCCGCCCGUGCAGAACGCCGCCGCGAUACCUACCGCCACCGGCACCGAGGCGCGGCACGCCCCACCGCCACCGUCGUUGAGCCCGUCGCCGUCACACAACAAUGAGACGGUGCCGGCUGUCCACGCUGAGCCGACGCGCAGCACGCGCUCGCCCCACGUCGUGUCCCCUCCACGAGACGCAGACGGGGCGCGGCGGCUCUCAUCGGCCAUGUCUCCCAGCGCUGAGACGGCACCCGGACGAGCGGCGCGGUCGUUCCGCACGACAAUCUCCGCCAUCGACGACGACGACAAUGAUGAGACGCCGCAGCCGAGCCGCGAUUUUUUGAUGGGUGCGGAGGUUGCGUCGCCGGCGUUUCAAUCCACCGACGCGACCAUCGCCAUUCCGGCCGUCUCCACCACCGGCGCCUUCGAGUCCCGUCUGCAUCCGCAUGUGGAGUUGCCGCUUUUAGCGGAGGAGAAGGCAAGAGCCACGAUCGAGUACGCCGAGGCCGCGGAGUUGAAGAAGCUGCGCAGUCUUCAAAAGCCGGGGGUCGUCUUGAAAGGCAGCAAGGACCGCGCCGUACAGCUACGGAACACCCAAUACGCGGGAGGUAGUCCUCUGCGGCAGCUGGAUGCGGAGGAAAAGGAGCAGCAGCACAGUCCCAGGGGUUCUUGCGUGCGCUCGGCAGAUGAGAGGCACGAACUCCGUGAAAAACAGCAUUCGCCGCCCACUCUGCCGCAGUUUCCGAUGCCGUUCGCGAAUGGAGAGCGAACCCUUGUAGGCAUGCUGUCCUCGAAGCGGCGAGCGUCCGACACAGCAUCGGAGGCACGACGAAAGACCUACGAUCUUCCUUCCUUUACUGCCUCGUCGCCCGGCCCUGCACCGCCACUGCCUCGGCUGGCAUCUCCUCGGCUGUCCGCGGAGCUCCAACUUUCUGCGCCGCAGCUGCCGCUGGACAGCACAAAAAAUGCGGACGUGUCGUCCGAAAGCCGCCGUCAACGCGAGCUGAAGCUUCGGACGCCUUUGCAGAACAAUGCGUGGAGGCAAGACGUUGCCUCUCAGAAGUUCUCUGACUUUUAA